AUGAGUUUCUUGACUCAUUUGCGACCAAAAUGGACGGGUAUAUCCAAAGCUUCGUACACUUUUUGUCGAAGCUACGCAACAGCCCCAAAAUCUUCUAAUGAAUCAACAAUAAAUCAGGUUUCCAUCAGCAAAAUCAGAAAUGUGGGUAUCAUAGCCCAUAUUGAUGCCGGGAAGACAACUACUACUGAAAGAAUGUUAUUUUAUUCUGGAUCAAUCAAGCAGAUCGGUGAUGUCGAUCAUGGGGAUACCAUCACGGACUAUCUACCAGCAGAGAGAGACAGAGGUAUCACCAUCCAAUCUGCAGCGGUCACCAUUCCUUGGAAUCAACAUAAAAUCAAUAUCAUUGACACCCCUGGGCAUGCUGAUUUUACUUUUGAAGUCAUUAGAUCUCUCAGAGUCCUUGAUGGUGCAGUGACAAUCCUUGAUUCGGUUGCUGGUGUUGAAGCACAAACUGAAAAAGUUUGGAAGCAAGCCAAGGCAUUGGAAUUACCAACCAUAAUUUACGUGAACAAAAUGGAUAGAAUGGGCAGCGGAUUUAGCAGAACUUGUAAAGAAAUUAUUUCCAAGCUUAGAACUAAAAUUGUAUUAACGAAUAUUCCCUAUUUUGUUGAAAAUGAGGUGACCAGAGAACAAAUCUUCAGUGGUGUUGUUGAUGUAUUGAAUAAAAAAUUGCUCAUCUGGGACCCAGCAAAAGAGGAGGACGGUUCUAAAAUCAAAGUCAUAAAUCUUGAAGAAGAAGAUGCUCAAAUUAAGUAUUCUAAGUCAUAUGAAGAGUUAUGCUCUGCUAGAGAAUCAGCAAUUGAGACACUAUGUGAAUUUGAUGAUAUGUUAGUUGAUGCAUUUCUCGAAAACGAUGAGGAUUACAUGAAAGUUAGUACCAAGGACAUUAAGAAGGCUUUGAGGGCUGCAACUAUUAAUAAUGAUGUUUCACCAGUUCUUUGUGGGGCAAGUUUUAAAAAUAUCGGGGUUCAACCAUUAUUGGAUGCGGUUAUUGAUUAUUUGCCAACACCCAAUGAAGCUGUAUUACCAGAAGUCACUUCGAAUUCAAAAACUGUCAAGAGAAAGAAAUUCCAGAAAGGUGAAGCGAAGAUUGAUGAUAUUCCUGCAAAAUUUGAUACCGUCUCGGGUUUAAUUGUUAAUAAUAAUCCACGUCUUACGGUUGGUUUGGCUUUUAAGGUGAUAACUGAUAAUAGAAAGAUUCCGAUGAUUUUUGUGAGAGUCUAUUCCGGAAAAUUGCAAAAUGGCUCGACAAUUUUGAAUACUCGUACAGGUAAAAAAUUCAGAAUCACAAAUUUAUUCUUGAUUAAUGGGAAUAACACUCAUAAAAUCGACAAGUUAACCAGCGGGAAUAUUGGCGUUGUCUCUGCUUCGUUAUUAUCAUCGACUAGCGAUAUGUCUGAAAACAGUAAUACUAAGGAAGAUGAAUCGUUGGGAUAUAGCUCAGGAGGCUCGACACAAUUGAAUGAUCUUAAUGAAAUCAAAACCGGAGAUACUUUCAUCACACAUUUCGCGAAAAAAGAUGGACUAAAAUCUUUCUCUCCAGUGGAGAAUGGAAUUGCACUUAAUCCUAUUCACGUUCCACCAUCCAUUUUUAUUACCAGUUUGGAGCCUCGUACUAUUAGUGAUAAAAAGGUUUUGGAUGAAAAUUUGAAAAUCUUAUUACGUGAAGAUCCAUCUCUAAGAGUAUUUGAAAACGAGGAAGGUCAAACUCUAAUCAGUGGUAUGGGUGAAUUGCAUUUGGAAAUCAUCAAGGAUAGACUUAUUAACGACAUGAGAACCAACUGUGACAUUAGUAAAGUUAUGGUGACUUACAAGGAGACAUUGUUGAAAAAUAGCCCUGUUGUCUCUAAAACCAUUAAAGGUAAUUCUAAUGACCCAGAAGAUAAGUUUGAAAUUGAGUUUCAAAUCCAGUCGUUUGAUGGGGCCGCCGAAGAUCAUCCAUUAUUUGAAGAAAUUGGAGAAUCCAAUGGGAAAGAUUUGAUACUUUUACCUAAUGAUAAUAAUUUGGCGUAUAUUCCACCAUCUGCGGCACCAAAAUCAGUGCAGAGUUAUAUUGAGAAACAUGGAACUGAUAGAAAGUCUAAAGAUACUGGUGACGAUUUCUGGCCAUUGGGGGUGAGCUACGAACAAGUGACCAAUGCCAUUGUUUCCUCAUGUGUUAGUACUUUACAAAAUGGUGGCCCAAUUGCCAAUUUGCCUCUCCAUUCUAUUUUAGUAAAAAUUAACAAAUGGAGUAUGCCAAAAGCAUCUAACGACCUUAAAAGUUUGUUAUUUUUAACCAGAGAUUGUAUAAACGAGACUCUCAAUGGGUUUGACGCAAAUAAGGAUUUCACAAUCCUUGAACCAAUCAUGAGCAUCAAAGUCUUUGCGGACAAUGAAGAUUUGGGUAAAGUGACCCAUGAUUUGACCAGUUCUAGAAAAGCUGAGAUUUAUUCUAUUGAAGAUGAGAGUGAUUCCAUCGGCGGUUCUGAAGAAGACGGAGUCAAUAACUUUAUCAGAGAAGCCGAAAAACAAUAUUUGCCAUAUGAUUCUACUUUGGAUACUACAAAUAUGUCCAAUAAGGACAUUGGUGGUAAAGUGGUUCAUGCCACUGCACCGCUUAGAGAAAUGAUUGGGUAUUUGACCAAGUUGAGAAGUUUGACAAAAGGCCGUGGUACUUUCUUGAUGGAAUAUCAAGGAUUGAAUAAAGUCACUAGGGACAGAGCAGAAAAGAUUUUGGAAGAUAUUUGA